AUGAGUAGUUUCGAUACAAAAUUAAAUUUUUUGUAACAAGAAAUCAAAAUACUGACUGAAGAAAAUAAGGAGUUAAGAUAACUAAUACAAAUGAAUAAAGAGAUCCUAAAAAUAUACAGAGGAAAAACUAGUACUAAUGUAAUAAGUUCAAAAUAAAUUAGACUUUGCCAAAUGGUCCUUUAAUUACUUUGGAAGUUUGUAAAACUGAGUCUCAUGAAGGUACUGAUAUUCAAAAUAUGCUCUCUCACUUAAUAGAAGAAAAUUGUAAAUUGUUUUCUUUUAAUGAAGACUUAAUAAAAUAAAGAGAUGAAUUGAGAGCACAGGUUUUUUGAU